UGUUAAACAGAUCCUACAGCUAAAAGGCUCUGUUUUACCACUUUCCUCCAAAUUCUCAAACCGACAAACCCUAACUCCUCUAAAAGGCUCGCACAACCCAGACGCCACUGCCCCGCUGCCCGCACGUAGGCCGGCGACCGCCUCACCGUUCCCGGCGCUCCGCACGCCAGAACCCAGAUCGGAGUCCAGGCCCUCCACCGUGUCACCGUGAGCUGUUGCGGAUUUGCGCCUUUGCGGCCUUGCGUUGCCCACUUUGCCGGUUUCCUUGAAGGCUUUAAUUAAGUCGAUUAGAAAGGGAUAACCAGUGCUCGGUGCUCCACUGCUCCAUCAUCCACUCAUCCAUAUUUCGUGGCUCUGUAGGGUUUGGUUUUUGGGUCUUUCACUUUUCUGAGGUAGUGUACUCCAUUUAAGCAACUUCUGUGCUUCAUCUCCCCCAUUAAAGUGUACUCUGGAUUCUCCAUUGAAGCGGCGCAGCGUGUGAGCAUUAUCUCCUCCAUUGAACUGACUUAUAGGAAAAGUGAGAAGUACCCUGUUUGGUUAGGGAGUUGGGUUGCAAUGCUGGGGGAAGAUUACAAUAUGUCAUUGAAAGUGUGCUGCACAAAAUGCAUCCUCCUUUGACAUUACACCGGCACCCAAUGUGUGUUGAAAUCAUUGAGGCAUUUCAGAAAUGUCAUACAGAACAUCCCGUAGGCAAAUUUUUUGGCGAGUGCACUGAACUUAAAGUUAAACUUGAUCGCUGUUUCAGGCAGGAGAAAGCUGUAAAACGAAAGGCGAACUUCGAACAGAGCAAGAAACUGAAAGAAACGUUACAAGCGCAGAGGAAAGAAACAGCCGGACAAAGUUAACAAAUAAUUUGGGCGUUGCAAUUGUAUGUUUUGCAGUGAUAAAGGGUACGGAGGUCGUGUUAGCAGUUAAUUGUGCUCAUAGCAGUUAAAGAAAGAGGAGCUGGCACUCUGUGUUAUUCUUUGUAUUGCUGAAUUUGUAUUCAUUUACUAGAAAUAUACGAGGAUUAGGUGCUGUGAUCUUAAUUUUUUGGCUUGCGGAUAUUGUAUAGUUGAAUAAAUGAUACAAUAAAUUAACGUUGGAGCUUUAAAAAAUUCAAAUAUUACAGAUCUUGACUGUGUGCUACAGAUCUGUUAUUUUUAAUUUCUUUAGCUCUAAGCAGAAACUUUGAUUCAAGGAAAUAUAUAUAUGUUCUGUUGAGUAUUGAGAACU